ACAAUCAGUUUAAACAAGACGAAGUAUCGUUGCAGGAAAGUUCGGAAUCCGGUUUGGAUGAUAACCAGGACGCGUUUGAAGAAGAACGAUAUCACCACAAAGCAGCCGUUGCUCUCAGCGUGGGAGUAGGUAGCUACUGUGAUCCCGUUGAAAUACCGGGAUUGGCUCAUUUCCUGUUUUUGCGAUUCCGUGGUGUGUUUACAAAUGCAUUUCGCGCUGUCACCACAACGUAUUCACUGUCAGUGUGGGUGUAG